GUGCACCUGACAACUAGGAAAACAAGAUUGGAGAAGCAACUUGCCUUAAUUUUCUUAUAUUUUUGAGGACUUAUUGCAUCAGAAUUGUCUACCCUGCCCAGAAGGGAGGACGUAGAGAUGUACAGUCCAUCUAAGUACAGCCGUGUGAGCUCGAACCUGAGUACAGGUAGUCAGGUUAGCCGGCAGACUGUAGGAAACAAAGGCAAGAGGGUGCAAGUAUGGGCAAGGAUUAGACCCACAUCACACUUCGCUCAGGACAACUUAGAGCUCAUGCCAGAUGGCAGGAGUGUUAAUGUACACGUAAUGAAGGAUGGAAGAAAAGGAGUGGUCAACAACCAGAUUCAGGACUGGUCAUUCAGACUGGAUGGUAUCUUUCACAAUGCAACACAGGAUCAGGUGUUUGACACCGUAUCAUCAAAUAUUGUCACAUCAGCCCUCGAUGGCUACAAUGGAACAAUGAUGUGUUAUGGACAGACCGGGGCUGGUAAGACGUUCACUAUGACAGGGGCCACAGAGAACUAUGCUCACAGAGGGAUGAUACCCAGAUCUAUCUCACAAUUGUUCAGAGAAAUUGAAGAAAGACCAGAGUUUGCUAUCACAUGCAGAAUUUCAUACAUAGAAAUCUAUAAUGAGACAAUGUUUGACCUGCUGUCCACACUGCCAGAGUCGUGGAACCAGAUAAAUGAGAACCAACCAAUGACAAUCUGCGAGAAUGAAGAUGGAAUUUACGUGAAAGGAUUGUCAUGUCAUCUUGUACAGAAUGAGGAGGAGGCAUUGAAUUUAUUAUUUGAGGGAGAAACAAACCGAGCUAUAGCCUCACAUACACUGAAUGCCAGAUCAUCUCGGUCACAUUGUAUCUUCACUAUAUACAUUGAGACAAGAUCUAGAGUUCAGUCAAAUGCCAGGUAUACAGUGUCUAAACUCAACUUUGUUGAUUUGGCUGGAAGUGAGAGACUUGGAAAAACUAAGUCUGAGGGUAAGACACAGCAAGAGGCCAUGUAUAUCAACAAAUCUCUAACAUUCCUUGAACAAGUUAUUGUAGCACUAGCUGAUCGUAGACGUGAGCACAUUCCAUUCCGACAGUCAAAACUUACACACUGCCUAAAAGAUUCUAUUGGGGGCAGGAGCAAUACUUUACUGGUAGCAAAUAUAUGGGGAGAGUCCAGUCAAGUUGAGGAAACAGUAUCCACCUUGAGAUUUGCCACAAGGAUGAUGUGUGUAGCGAGUGAACCUACAGUUAAUGAAGUGUAUGACCCAGCUGUUUUAGUAAAGAAAUUACAGAAAGAAAUAAAUCACCUGAAGAAUGAAUUAGCAAUGCAUGAUACAUUGACAAACAGAAGUCAGAUAACAUAUGAUCCUCUGUCAGAACAACAGAAAUACGAGAUAAGACAGCAAGUUAGACGAUUUGUGGAAGGAAAUCUAGAUGAAAUUGAUGUAAUCAAUUUACGGCAGAUCCAAGGCACGUUCGAUGCAUUUAGAGACAUUUAUCAACAAAUGGAGAAAGAUAUAGAGGAGAGACUACGUCAGAAGUAUGCGUUGAUAGAUCGUACUGACCCGUCCGCUAUACAGGCUGCCCAGCAGUCAUCCGUGGAAAGAAAAGCGUCUACUCAGUCAAUAAUAAGCGAUCGCUCGGGUGAUAUCGCACAUGCUGGUGUACCAAUCAGUGAUGAUGGUACGUUGGUUGGAGAGUCGGACGGACAGAGUUUCGGUGUGGGCGUUGCACCAAGGUCAGCAAGAGCCGAACCCUCAUCAGUGGUACAGCUCAAAAAGAAAGAAGAUGAGAGAAGGAGGAGAGAAAAGGGUGGACGAGGAGCUAGAGGCAGCCCAGUGGCCGGUAGAGCAAGCCCUGCCCAUAGUGGUGGUAAGGGGGAGAGGGACAUUAAGAGCCCACACACUCCAGUUGAGAGGGAACGUAAAGAAGAUGAGGAUAGAACCACACCCACAAGUUCUGCAGGAGGAUCCCGUACAGACAGGCAGAUGAGACCUAGUACCCCACCGCAGAGAGCUAAAGCAUUUGAAGAGUUUAAACAAGAAAGAGGCAGUGAGAUAAAUAGGAUCCUUGUAGAAAAUAAAGAAAUUUUAGCAACAAAGAAGAAGAAGUACACAGAUCUUGCAAGAUCAAUAAACCAAACAAAGGUAGAGAUUGACAAAAGUCGGUCCAAACUUGACCAGCUUAAAGAGGACCGUGAACAAGCUGGUCCUACAUAUAAUGAGGAUGGGGAUAUAGUGAUCAGUGAGGAUGAAUUCAUGGAAAUCAAGAGACUGAAGGACCUGAAACAGACUUACAGAAAUGAUUUUGAUGAAUUAAAGAAUCUGAAAGCAGAGGUUCAGUACUGUCAGAGACUUGUCGACCAGUGUAGGCAGAGAUUAAUACAAGAAUUUGACAAUUGGUAUGCAGAGAGUUUCUUGAACCAGUCAGAUGAGCCACAGACUAGUGUGGCUGCAGGACAUGGCAUUAGACCUGGAAUAUUUAUACCUUAUAACCCUAAUGUGCUUGAAGAUGAGCAAGAGAAAUUUGACCGCCUACAGAUGGAGCUGUUAAUGAAUGAUCCAGAAUCUGCUGCCUUCUAUAAUGCCAAGAUGAGGAAAGACAGAAGGAAAACAUAUGAAGAAGCCAUGUCCCAACCUCAGCCCUCAUACAGACGUGCUCCUGGUACCCCUACAAUACACAUUAGGAACCAGCCGCCGUCCAUGUUACAAGUUUCACAUUAAAUGUCUUCAAAAAUGUGUAAAUGUUCUAGGAUAAAGAUUAAAUUGUAAAUGAUGGAUAUAAUUGUUGCAAUUGUAAAUAUCCUUGGAUAUAUAUUACGGACAUUCAGAGUGGUGUAGCUUUGUUACACAAUGACAUUUAAGUUGUAAAUGUUCUUAGAUUUUGCAGUUAUUUCUAAAUAUGUUUUAAGAUGAUUCUUAAAAUAUGAAACUUGCACAAUGGGUGAAUUGCUGUUUAUAAAUAUACUGAAACAAAGUUGUUUUUUUUAAAUAGAAUUGACAUAAUUUAUAAAUGUUCGAGAAACUAAUUGCCUUUAAUAGAAAUUAAUUUAACUUGGCUAACCAAGGGUUGUGGAUUGAAUCUUGUCUGAAGUAAGCUUAAUACACCCACCUGGAGAGUUCAAGCAUGAAAUUUGUGCAAACAUUUACCAUGUGUAGAUCUUUGAAAGGACAUUUUGAAAAUUUUGAAAAGUUUUUGAAAUCGAAAGUAUUUGUUAUUACAUGUGUAAUUGUAAAUUAAGACCAUAUUCAUAUACAAAAUGAUGUAUCAAAUUUUAGGCAAUAUUUAUUUGCAAUGGCAUGCCUGAUUUUAAUUUCUGUUGCUGUUUGCAUAAAAAGAAAUGAUAUAAUUGAGAGGUGUGAGCAAAACUGUAAAUAUGCAUGUGGACCUCUUUGAAGCUCGGAUCCCUCAGUACUGUAACAACAUUGCAAGGUUUACAAGCCCCUGUCAUAAUGUUUUUUGAGGGCUUAUUAGAACUAAAGCAAGGCAGAAAAUUUGUAAGAUCAAAGAAAGCCAAAAAGAUACUUUUUUUUAUUGAUUUAUGAUAACCUGUUAAAAGAUGAACUUAAACUCAUGAUUUUUAAGAUAUGUUUUUGAAUUAUUACAGUUAUUUAAGUAAGUGUAAUAAAAUAUUGUUAAAAACUGCUGAUAGAUUUUAUCUUGUUAAUGUUUUUGUAUAUACCAUAUUUUCCUUAAGCAUAAUUUUGUAAAUUGUGUAUUUCUUUUCAGGCGUAUUAGUACGAUUUCAAAGGACUUUUUUAGCUUUUGAUUUCUUUUUAAACAUCUCCUUUGUCAUAUAGUUUGUUAAGUAUGCAACAGACAUUGUAAUGUAAACUUUAUAAGUUUUUUAGUACAUGCUUGAAAAGUAUGUAAAGAUGUAAUUUGGACUUAAUUUUCGGUAUAUCAGAUAUUAGGUGUUAGUCAAAAUACAUUGAGAAGCAUUUACAUGAACUUGCAGCUUGCUGGCAGCAAGUGGUUCUCCCUUUGCGACCAGUGCAGACCCAAGAUUAGCCUGCACACCCAUGCAGUCUUAUGAUCUGCGCUAUUCGCUAUUCAGUCAGUAAAUUUUCAGUGAACACCCUUUCGAAUAAUAAGUGGUACCAUCCAAAUUAAGUGAUGGACUGGCCAUUUUAGAAAUUUAGCAGGCUUAAGGUUGACUUUACUAGACUGAAUAUGGAAUUUCAGGAAGUAUUUACUACCUACACAUUUACUACCUUUUUUAACUUGUGUGAGGUAUCAAUGGAAUCCAUGCCAAAAUUAUAGUGUCUUACUGAAAGAGAAGACUUAGUAGAUAGGUACAUUUAUAUUUAUUCUGUUGAAAAUUAAACAUGUUUGCUAAUUUAUUUUUGCACUAUGGGUAUCUUGAAAAGUUUUUUUUUUAAUUUUAACUACUCAAAAACACAAUUAUACAUUGAAGUAAAAUUGCAUUUAUGCCCAAAAGGGGUUCAACUUCAAUGUCGAUUUAAGUUAUCUUGUUAGACCAAUGUUUUCUUUUCUUUUUAAAUAUCAGAAUCUUGAAUUCAUUGUCAUUUUAAAGGUUUUGUAUAAAGAACAGUGCACUAUUUUUAUGCUGUAUAUUUUAUAUUGCACAACUGUGCUUGUACUGAGUAUGUGAUAAAAACGUGACUGUGAUAACUUAAUUUUUAUUUUCCUUACCAAACUUUUACAAUUUCCUUCUAUACAUACAAUUUAUCAUUUUCUCUAAGAAUCUUAGUGUGUGAAACUGUUGAUUCUUGAUAAAAACAAAGCACAAAAGUUAGUUGGCACUGAACUGAUCGUUUGCAUAACGUUCCUCGGGAUAUUGUAGACGUGGUUUACUGUCCAAAUUCCGAAUGUGACAAAAAAAAAUUGAAUACCAAAAUUAGAGGAAAUGUUAAAGAGUGCUGUUAAAUUUGUGAAAUGGCAUCUGUUACACUGGCCAAAACAAAAUCACAUAUUUUUAUAGAAAUAUUCACAAAAAGAAGAGGAUUUUAGUUUUUGUGAAAAUAACUUUGUUUCCGAUUUUCUUUUUCUGAAAAGUGGCAGGAGGAUUUAACUGUAACAGUUGUAUUCUGUAUUUUGUUUGAAGGAAAAGGAUAAGAAAAAAAGUUUUAUGUAUUCCUUUUUGUUUAAUUUAUAAGUUUUAUUUCAGCAUUUAUGCUGUAAGUAAUACUGAUGUAACAGGUCUAUUAGAUGAAAUAUUGCACCAUUAAAAUAGACUCUUCUUUAAGUUAAACAUAUAUGUUUUUAAUUCUCCUAUAUUAAGAUUUCUUGUUUAAAUACACAGCUGAAUUCUUA